AUGGACCAAACAAAAUUCUGCUGUUCAUUCUGUUUGGAUCUACUGAAGGAUCCGGUGACUAUUCCCUGUGGACACAGCUACUGCAUGAACUGUAUUAAAAGCUUCUGGGAUGAAGAGGAAAAGAAGAAAAUCUACAGCUGCCCUCAGUGCAGACAGACUUUCACAGCGAGGCCUGUCCUGGAGAAAAACACCAUGUUAGCAGAUUUAGUGGAGGAGCUGAAGAAGACUGGACUCCAAGCUGCUCCUGCUGAUCACUGCUAUGCUGGACCUGAAGAUGUGACCUGUGAUGUCUGCACUGGAAGAAAAAUGAAAGCCUUCAAGUCCUGUUUAGUCUGUCUGGCAUCUUACUGUGAGAAACACCUUCAGCCUCAUUAUGAUGUGGCUCCAUUAAAGAAACACAAGCUGGUGGAGCCCUCCAAGAAGCUCCAGGAGAACAUCUGCUCUCGUCAUGAUGAGGUGAUGAAGAUGUUCUGCCGUACUGAUCAGCAGAGUAUCUGUUAUCUCUGCCCUGUGGAUGACCAUAAAGGCCACGACACAGUCUCAGCUGCAGCAGAAAGGACUGAGAGGCAGAGAGAGCUGGAGGUGAGUCGACAAAACAUCCAGCAGAGAAUCCAGGACAGAGAGAAAGAUGUGAAGCUGCUUCAACAGGAGGUGGAGGCCAUCAAUCAGUCUGCUGAUCAAACGGUGGAGGACAGUGAGAAGAUCUUCACUGAGCUUAUCCAUCUCAUCCAGAAAAGAAGCUCCGAUGUGAAGCAGCAGAUCAGAUCCCAGCAGGAAACUGAAGUGAGUCGAGUCAAAGAGCUUGAGGAGAAGCUGGAGCAGGAGAUCACUGAGCUGAAGAGGAAAGAUGCUGAGCUGAAGCAGCUAUUGAAGCAGCUCUCACACACAGAGGAUCACAUCCAGUUUCUACACAACUACCCCUCACUGUCAGCACUCAGUGAGUCUACAGACUCAUCCAGCAUCAAUAUCCGUCCUCUGAGCUACUUUGAGGAUGUGACAGCAGCUGUGUCAGAGGUCAGAGAUAAACUACAGGACAUUCUGAGAGAGGGAUGGACAAACAUCUCACUGACAGUCACUGAAGUGGAUGUUUUACUGUCAGAUCCACCAGAGCCAAAGACCAGAGAAGGAUUUUUAAAAUAUUCAUGUGAAAUCACACUGGAUCCAAACACAGCAAACUCACAUGUGUUAUUAUCAGUGAGGAACAGAAAAGCAAUAGCAGUAAAUGAAAAGCAUUUUUAUUCUCGUCAUUCAGACAGAUUUUAUGGAAGGUGUCAGGUUCUGAGUAGAGAGAGUCUGACUGGACGUUGUUACUGGGAGGUGGAGUGGAGAGGGGAAGGAGUUUAUGUAGCAGUUGCAUACAAGAGUAUCAGCAGAAAAGGGAGUGAAUCUAAAUUUGGACAUAAUGACAAAUCUUGGGCAUUAGAUUGUAACAACGACAGUUAUACAUUUCGGUACAACAACAUCCAAACUCCUGUCUCAGGUCCUCGUUCCUCCAGAGUAGGAGUGUACCUGGAUCACAGAGCAGGUAUUUUGUCCUUCUACAGCGUCUCUGAAACCAUGACUCUCCUCCACAGAGUCCAGACCACAUUCACUCAGCCGCUCUAUGCUGGACUGAAGCUUUACAAUUAUGCAGACACUGCUAAGUUGAUUAAAGUGAAAUAGACUGAAGUCUUUCAUAUUGUGGGUUUAAAUCUGUAUUUUAGUUUCAUUUUAUUUUCUCUCCAUCAUUUCUGCACAGAGAUCAGCUGUCAGUCAAACAUUAUGGGUGGUACCUCCACAUCUUCUAGUUGUUCUCUUGAUGUUUCUGAGUUUUUAAAGGAGAUCUUUUCUGUGACUGUUUAUGGAGGCUAUCACUGCUCAUCAUCAUUUUGAUUUACUCAAAUAUUUCUCCACAUGAAAAUGUAAACUUCUCUAUCCUCUAAAUGUUUCUGGAAUAUUUGUAUUGAAAAAUGUCGACAUUUCUCUUUAUGAGUAUGGCAGACCAUGUGUGUGUGUUUGUGUUUGUUUUUGUCAAAAUCAUCAA